UUACUUGAAUGAGAGAUGAUGUUAAGACGCAUUGAGCCUUGUCUGGUGUUGCUGUUGGCCGCAUCCUUUGUCCAAAGCACACCAGUAAAAGAUGACCUAAGCACGGAAUUCGCAAAACAGAUUAUACGCCAGUCAAAGGUGGCCGAUAUUAAAGCGAUGCUUAAUACUAAUAUUAGACCAUGUGAUGAUUUCUAUAGCUAUUCCUGUGGCAAUUGGCAUCGCCAGAAUCCCGCCCAGCUGCUAAACAACAUAAUGACGGAUACAUUUCAGUUGAUAGCAAAGGGUUUCGAUCGGCGUCUAAAGAACCUUUUGGAGUCCACUGAUGCCACGAAAUCGGAGCUCGAGGGGAAACUGCAACGAUUCUAUCAAUCCUGCAGAAUGGUUCAUCGCGACGAUGUGCACUAUAAGUUGGCGCUGGAGAAUGUCUAUCGUGAGUAUGGAGAGUUGCCUGUUCUGGCCGGUGACCAAUGGAAUGAGACAGAGUUUGUCUGGUGGCGGACAGCAGGCAAAAUCCAACACAAGUAUGGCAAACAAAUAAUCCUGGCUGUGGAUAUUAUGCGUGAUAUUAAAAACAACACGGAGAAUAAGGUGUAUGUGGGUCCGCCGGACUUUAUGAGAAUAAGCAAUUCGGGCAUCUUGAAUGUGCUGGAGGAGGUGGGCACAACGAAUGACAUGAAGCAAUAUCUGGGUCUUACAUCCAAACAGGCCAGAGAGACAUCGAAGAAACAUCGGAAACUGGAACACGAUUUAAUGGCCGGUAGUUCAGUGGUCGAAGGACGAUCCCUGGAAGAUGAUUUAACCCUCUAUUCCCUAAUCGAAUUGCAAGAUAAAUAUGCACCACAUAUUAAUUUCACCGAAUUUUUUGGUUUAGUACUUGGACCGGAAAAUGUGCCUCAAGUCGUUUACAUAUACAAUGAGGAAUAUUUGGAUCAGACCUUUGACACUCUGCAAGCCACACCCAAAUCGACGCAGGCGAAUUAUGUGCUCUGGGAAUUGCUUCAGGAGUACCUGCUGGAUGCCGAUGCUGCAGAAUUGCCAAAAUGGUGCAUCGAAAAGACCAAAAAGUACUUCUCGAAGCUAGUCGAUCAAGUGGUCUAUGCCAGAUAUCGUAGUCCGGAAACUGAGGCGGAAGUAUUCCGCGUCUGGGAGCAGAUACAAGCUGUAUUCCGUCAGCAGUUGGCUGGCGAUAAACUGGAUUGGAUAUCCAACUCCACGCGUCAGAUGGCCAUCGAGAAGCUGGAUCACAUGAAACUCUAUAUAAAUAACUAUGAUGGUGAAAAUUUUGAGUCAUUUUACGAGGGCGUGAACAUCGAUCGGUUGAACUAUGUGGCCAAUGUGCAGCAGUUGCGGGCAGCUCAGGCUAAUAAAACUUUUGUUAAACUUCAUGGAGCACCAACCUCAUUGGAGGCCAGCGAGAUUCUAAGCUUUACGCCAGCCUACAAUAUAUUGGAGAACAACAUUAGCAUUCCGGUGGCUUUGUUGCAACCGCGUUAUUUCUGGAAUGUGGAGUACCCGCAGGCAUUUACCUAUGCCACACUGGGAUAUCUUCUGGCCCAUGAAAUGACCCAUGGUUUCGAUGACGAUGGACGAAACUACGAUGCAAAUGGCAAUCUAGCCACCUGGUGGGACUACAAGUCUAGAUACGAAUUCGAAGAGAGACGUAAAUGCUUUCAGGCUCAGUAUCAUGCUUAUAAGUACGGUGGGACCAAAUUGCCCGAAACUGUCCUCCAAUCGGAGAACAUUGCUGACAAUGCGGGCGUCAAGUUAGCCUAUGCGGCCUAUCAACGCUGGUGGGAACAGCAAACGGAAGCUACACGUCAACAGGAGACUCUCUCCGGCUUAAAUAUGACGGGCAAUCAAUUAUUCUUUGUAGCCUUUGCUCAACUCUGGUGUGAAGAUGUCCAAUCGCUGUUCAAAUCCUCUGUCGCCUCUGGAGACAAUCAUGCUCCUGGCAUGUAUCGGGUGAUUGGUUCGCUAUCUAAUUUCCAGGAAUUCUCGUGGGUCUUCAAUUGCUCACAGUCGGCGCCCAUGGAUCCAGAGUACAAGUGUGCCAUCUACUAGGUAAACCAGCAAUCAUUAAUUUCGCAAAAAUCAAUCAUAUUAAGUGUUAACUUCAAA